AUUAAAAGCACACAGCUUAUCAAGCUUCACAGCGCGAGACCCCGGCUGACAUAUCCGCCGUUGUUCUCGGGAAGAAGUGCGCGCUUACCAAUGUCAGAUUUCGUGAGUGAAUGAGUUAAUCAUAACCUUGUCAUACGUUUGCCGAAACGAUGAAGGCUGUUGGGCAGCGGCGAGCUUCGGCUGGAGAGCACGAAGCAGUCGCUGAUGAUGCGAGCAGCUUGAGGUCAGCCAGUGCCUUCUCAUUGUCGCCGAAUGAUGAAUGGGCGACAGUGAGGUUGUCGAGCGCCCUGCACGCUGGGCACAUGCCGUCUUUUGUCUUGCAAGGCUCGCUGAGCUUGACGCAGGCAGUGGAUCACUGCUUCAUCAAGCUGGUUGGGGGCAGCGCACUAGAGCGUCGCGCAGCUGCGCGCGGCCUGCUGCAGCUGUGCACGCACACCCAGUUGCGGCUGGCGGUGGACGAGCGGAGGCUGGUGGAGGGCCUGACGCAGUGCGUGAAGCGCACCUUCAGCUCAGACGUACUGGCACUGGCGCUGUGUGUGUUCCUGCAUGUGUCCUUCCCGCCGGACACGCCCGCCGACGAAUGGCCCUACGGACGGGAGGUGCGCGUGGUGGCGCACCGCUGCCUGCAGCUGCUCAGCCGCGGAGCCCUGGCGGACGCGGCGGCGAGCCAGCAGCCUCCUGGCGGCAGUGGCAGCUGCGUGCGGGCCGGCGCGAGUGCGGGCGGCGCCCUGGGCGGCCUGGGCGGCCUCAGUGCGGACUUUGACGACCUGGCCAGUUUCGGCAGCCCCCGGGCGCUGGACAGCCAUGGCGGCAGCGUGGGCGGGGCGUCGGACGCGGCUGCAGCGGAGUGCGGGCCGGUGGAGCUGGCGGAGGCGGCGGCGGUGGCGGCGCGCCCCGCACAGGUGCUUCGGCUGCUGCAGGAUUCGGAACUCACGGAGGCAGCUCGGGACGCCGCCGCGCUGCUCCGCCGCCACCGCUCUGCCGGCCUCAUGGCGGCGCUGCAGGGCCUGCUGGGCCACGCGGCGGAGGAGCGGCCGCGGCAGCUGGCAGUGGCACUGGCCACUGAGGUGGUGGCGGCAGGGGCGGUGACACAGCUGGUGGAGGCUCUGCGGCAGGGUGCUGACGACAGCCGCGGCGCGCCGCUGGACUGGCGGGCCCUGCUGCUGGACGGCCCCGGCGGCGGCGGCGCAGGGGAGGACGGCCACGGCCGCGGCCAGGGCGUCUUGGGCGGCGGCGCUGGUGGCGACACGCCGCAGCCGCCUGCGCUCACCCGGGACAGCCGGGCCCUGGCGCUGGAUGUGCUGCUGCUGGUGCUGGCCAGCCUGGUGCCCACCCGCCUGGCCGCACCCCAUGUGGCAGCGGCAACAGGGCCGGGCGCGGCAUCGGCGUCAGGGGCAUCUGCACUGGGCACUCCGGCGGUGGGGCAGGGCAGCAGUCAGUCGCCCUCACCACUGCCCUCAUUCACGGCGCCCUCGGGCAUCCUCAGGGCGCCCUCAGGCAUCGUGGCUACUGGUGCCGCCGCCCCUGUGGUGCCCGGGCAGCCGCUGCCGGACGCGCCCCGCACCGUGUCCCUGGCUUCCUUCCAGCUGCUGGCGGCACACGACCCGCGUGAGCCUGGUGUGGCCAUGAGCUCCGGCGCCCUGACUGCAUCGGGGCCCUUAGCGGCAGCUGGUGGACACAGCGAUCUGGCGGAGGGGCCCGGCGCCGCCGCGGCCUCUGCGGCUGCCGCCACCUUUGCGGCCGCGGCGCGAGAGGCGCUGGCGGCGGGGGUGGUGGGUGUGCUGGUGCCUCUCAUGGCGGCGCCGGGCACUGCGGGCGGCUUUGCUGCGGCGUCUCCGGCCGGUCAGCAGGCCAAGGUGCUGCUGCUGCUGAACUGGCUGGCGGAGGCGGCGGAGGCGGACACGCCUGGCGGCGCAGCGGGUGUGCUGUCGGCGCUGCAAGUGGCGGUGGUCUCGACCCCCGGCGCCUGGCGGGGGCUGCUUGCGGGCGCGGGUGACCUGCUGACGCCGCCCAGUGCUCCGCCGCCGCCCCUGUGGCUGACGUGUGACGCCGCGUCUGCGGAUGGUGCCCCCACCGCCACGCAACUGCGGCGGCGACGGCGAACGUGGUGGUGGUGGGGUCUGUCGGCGGCUGGUCGCGUGGCGGUGCUGCGGCUGGCGGCGGCGGCCGUCAAGGAGUCUCCUUCCGCUGCGACGGACCUGCUGGCAGCCGGGCCCUUUGGCGCAGCAGCCAUGUGCGGCUGUGCGGUGGAUGCGCUGGCGGCCGCCCUCCUCCGAGUCCGGCCCCGGGGCAGCCUGGAGCUGCAGCAGUCAGCCGCGCUGGGCGAGCAAGAUGACGCCGAUGAGGACGAGGACGAGGAGGCCGCAGCCAUGGCCGCGGCGCGCGCGUUGGCAGCCGCGGCCCGGGAAGAGGCGGAGGCAGCAGCUGCGGCUGAGCUGGGCGGUGCGGGCAUGGCGCUGGUGAGUGAGCUGGUGGCGCGGCUGCCGCCCUUCGGGACCACCGCCACCGUCACCAGUGCGAAGGCCGGGAGCGGCACGAGUGGCGGCAGCGGUGCGGCAGUGGCGGUGGCGGUGGCGGCGGCGGUGGCGGUGGCGGCUUCGCCGCCUUGGCUGGCGGGUGUGGCCGUGCAGCUGGCACGUCGGGUGGCGGCCAGGGUGGCGGCGGCGUCUGCGGCCGAGGCGGCCGGGGAGGGCGGUGAGGCUGGGCGGCUGGGCCCUCAGGUCCGGGCGCUGGCGGCGGUGCUGGCGGCGCUGAGGGACGGCGGACCCAAGGCGCUGGCGGCCGGGCUGUCCGCCGCCGAGCUGCAGCACCUGGCGCACGCCGCCGCCGCCUGCCUGGACCGCGUGCCGCCCAUGCCCAGCCCCGCCAGCAGCAGGCAGCUGCCAGCCACCGCCGCAGCUGGAACUGCGGGCGGCGGGGCAGCAGCAGCAGCAGCAGCAUCAGCAGCGGCUGCAGCAGCGCCCUGCCCUACGGUGCUGCCUGUGGCCUCCUGCCAGGGCGCCGCCGGGGACCCCGAGCCCGACAGUGAUGACCGGCCUCUGGCGCUGGAGCUGGCCGUGCAUGUGCUGGGUGGCUGCUGGCUGGCGGCGGCGGCGGAGCAGCGGGCGGAGGCGGCGGCGGAGGCGGCGGAGGCGGAGGUGCUGCGGCAGAGUGGCGCCUCGCCUGCAGGCGGCCUGCGCUCACUGGCGGCGGCGGCCCAGGCGGCCCGGGUGGUGGGGCCGGGGCUGGAAGCGCUGGCCAAGGCGGUAGCGAGAUCUCGCGGGGUGGCGGUGCUGGUGGGGCGUGUGCGGGAGCUGGUUGCCGCGGCCCCGGCGGCCGUUGCAGCCAUUGCUGCGGCGUCGGCCGGUCGCCCGGGCCGCGGCGGGCUGCUGCCGCUGCCUCCGUCCGCCGACACAGGAGGCGAGCCCGGCGGCGCAGCUGCAGCGGCCGCCCUGCCCCCGGCCUUGGCCCCCGGGCGUCUGUGUCUGCGCGCGCUUCUGGCUGUGUUGUCAAGUCUUGCCGCACUGAUGGCGGCACUGGCCCGGGAGGCAACCCGCCGCCAGGCAGAGCAGGCCGCGGCGGCCUCGGCUGCUGCCGCGUCACGGCUGCUGCGCGGCGGCGUCAGCUCGGCUGCGUCCUCCCCUACGCCCUCCUCGGCCGGUGUGGGCAGUCCGGUGGUGGCCGCCAGUGCCCUGCAUCACGCCAUUGACGGCGCCGCCCUCAUCCCACUGCUGGCGCUGCCACCCGGCUCCGGAGCCGCGGACGCACUGCAGCUGCUCACCCUGCUGGCCACAGCCUCCUCUGCUACUGCUGCUUCUCCCACCAGCGGCGGCGGCGCUGCGUCGCCAACUCCUGCCGGCGGCUCCGCCGCCGCCACAACGGACCCCGCCGCCGCCAGUCGUCUUGCCCGCCUGCGCGGCGCCCUGCUGGGGGCCUGCCUCGCCAGCCCCGGCCCCGCCAACCCCCUGGCGGGCCCGGCCCUGUGGCGUGGGCUGCUGGCGGCCGCGGACGCCUGCUUCACUGGCGGCUGGCCACUGGUGGGGUCGGAGGCGCUGACCCUGCUGCUGGAGGUGGCGGCGGCACUGGCGGCGCGGCUGCCCGAGGCCGCCGCCGUCAUGGCCGCCAGCGCUUCCUCAGCGGCGGCGGCGCCGGAGGCCGCCAAGCUACCUGCACCCGGAUCUGUGACCGCCGCCGCCGGGGGAGCAGUGGUGGCGGCGGCGAUGGCCAUCCUGCGCGCCGGUGCCGGCAUGUCCCAGCCGCUUGGCGGCGCCUGGGACUCCCCAGCGGGUGCCGCUACCGCCAACAGCAUUCCCCCGGCUGUGCGGCUGGUGCUCCUGGGCCAGGCGGGCGGCGGCGCGGCAACGGGCGACGUCAGCGGCGGCAGCUGCACCGUACCCCGCCCGCUGAUUGCAGCGGCGGCUGCGCUGGUGGCCGCGCUGGUGCCGCACCUGCCGCCCGGCUCGCCCCUGCUCCGCCAGCUGCUGCCCACGGCCGCGGCCCUGGCGGCGCGCGCCUCUGCUGCCGGCGGCGCGCCGCCUCCCUCGGCUGUGCUGGUGGCUGUGUCGCGGUGCCUGGAGCGCCCGGAGCUGCGUGAGGGCGGCUGGCCGGAGGGCGUCAGCCUGGACGGCCUGACAGACUCGCUAGGCACCGCCCUGGCCGCCGCCGUCACACACGCCAACACCACCGCCGCAGCAGCCGUGGCCGCGGCCGCCGCCGGACCUGCCGGCAGUGAGCCCUCUAGCCCUGUGGCUGCGGGCAACACCGGCGGCAGCAUGGCCAGCACCGCGGCCGGGCCGGGGGCCGCCGCCGCCGCGGCGGCUGCCGCCGCCGCCACUGCCAACCUGGAGCUACGGGACCUGGUGGGAGUGGCGGCGCAGCUGCUGGGGCUGGCCGCCACGAACCCGCUCCCCGCUCCUACCCCCCACGCCACCACACCGCUUCCCCCGCCACCACUGUCUGGGGCCGAGGACGACGGCGGCGUGGCAGAUGCGGCUGCCGCAGCCAGGGCGGCUGCUGCAGCCAGGGCGGCGGCCGCGGAGGAACGGGCUCGGCGGCGCGGCUACCUGGUGCGGCGCCACGGCGUGAUGCGCCUGUGCGCCGCCACCCUGGCCGCCGCCCUGCGCUUCAACGCCCCCGGGGCGCCCCGGCUCUUGCCCGGUCUGCCGCAGGGGCUGGCGCCGGCGGCUGCCGCGGCCGCUGCUGCUGCGGAUGCCGCCGCCCGUCACGAGGUGUUGGUGGCGGUGCUGGAGGCGGCGUGCGGGGCCCUGGAGCCGUUGCUGCUGCUGCCACCUUCCGCACCCCCAUUACAAAACUCAACAGGUGGCGGGUCUGCGGUGUUGCCGCCGGCGCCGCCGCCGCCGCAGUGCCACGCGCUUGCGCAGGCCCAGCUGUGUGCGCCGCUGGCAGGCGCCGCGUCAGAGGUGCUGGCGGCGGCGACACAGCAGGCGGCGGUGGCGGCGGCGGCGGCGGCGCCUCAGGCGGGCGCCGCCCUGGACGCCAGCGGUGGCUCGGGUGUGCUUGCGGCGCUGCGGGCGGCGGGUCGUGCCACCCAGCUGGUGUCGCUGUACCAGUCGGCCUGUCUGGAGGCCCACACCGCAACUGCCUCCCGGGCGGCCGCCGCCGCCAGUGCCGCCACCGCCGCACCGCCACCCCCCAGCAGGCCCUCAGGCGCUCUGCCGGGCAGCCCCAGCAAGUUGCAACGCGGCGCACCCCAGCCGCCGCCGCCGCCGCCUCUGCACCGCGCAGCUGCAGCUGACAGUGCCGAGGCCCUGGCUGCUCUGCUGCUGAUGCCGCCGGCCUGGAACCCGCCUUCACUGGCGCUGACCGCACCUCCCGCGGCGGCUGACAUGAGCCCCGGCGCCCCGACUGCCGUGACUGCGGUGGCGGCGGCGGAGCUCGAGCGGCAGGACCAGGCCGGCCGCACGCCGCUGCACGCCGCCGCGGGGGCGGGGCGGCUGGCGGCGGUGUCGCUGCUGCUGGCGGCGGGAGCCAGCCCCGAGGCCAAGGACCACGCCGGCCACACGCCCCUGCACGUCGCCUGUGAGGGCGGGCACCUGGGGGCGGCGGCGGCACUGCUGGCGGAGGGAGCCGCGGACGUGACAGCGGCGGCGCGGGACGGCUCCACCGCCCUGCACCUGGCCGCAUCAGCAGCAGCCGCAAUCACGGCAGCCGCGCCCGAGCCGCCGCCGUCAGCCGCCCCCACCGCCUCCCAGACUCCCGCCACCGCCCCCACCCGCUACUACUCGGCAGGCGGCGGACCCGCUGCUGCCACCGCGCCCUUCUCCUCGCCCUCAGCCGCACUGCUGGGUGCCGGUGCUGGGACCUGGCUGGGUUCGCAGCCGUCGCCCGCGAAGACGCACCACCAGCGGCCAGGAGUCGACGCUGCCACCACGGAGGCGGCGGCCGCACAGGAGGCGGCGGCGCAGGAGGCGCUUGUGGCGGCGCUGCUGGCGGCUGGCGCGGACAAGGAGGCAAAGCGCGAGGACGGCCGCACUCCCCUGGCAGUGGCUGCGGCCGCGGGCAAUGCCGCCGCGGUGCGGGCGCUGCUAGCGGCGGGUGCUGACGUGGGCGUGCGCGAUAAGUCUGGCGCCUCCCCCCUGCGCCUGGCUGUGUCGGGCGGUGCGGGGUGCCUGGCGGCGCUGGAGGCGCUGCUGGGGGGCGCGGUGGAGGCCACCGGGCGGGAGCUGUGGGCGUCGUGUGUGCGCGGCGAGGCCUGCGGUGACGGCCUGCUGCACACCGCGUGUCGGGCGGGAUGCGGCGCCGCCCUGACGCUGCUGCUGGAGGCGCUGGCGGCAGCGCAGCCGCAGCAGCAGCAGCAGGGGGCGGCGGCGGUGGAGCGGGGGGCCGCUGCGGCUGACGCUGGCGGCGAGGUGGCUGCGGCUGUGGCUACGGCUGCAGGUGCUGGUGCUCACGACGACGCGGAUGACGCCCCCCCGCCUGGCCCCGCGGCGUCCUCCGCCUCCUCCCCUGCCGCCGCCGCCGCCUGGCUGGAGGCGCUCAACUGGGACGCCGACACGCCGCUGCACACCGCGGCGCGGGCGGGCGCGGGUGGCUGCGUGCGGGCGCUGCUGGCGGCGGGGGCAGACUGGGCCGCGACCAAUGGGGACGGCGACGGUGUGCUCCACGUGGCGUGUCGCGGCGGCAGUGAGGACGUGGUGGCGGCGCUGCUGGCGGCGGGGGCAGACCCCGGCGUCACAAACGGGGGCGACGACACGCCGCUCCACUUCGCUGCGGCCAUGGGGCACGCGGGGGUGGUGCGGCAGCUGCUGCGCGCGGGGGCGGACCCGGAGCCAGCCAACUGGGACGGCGACCGGCCGCUGCACAUCGCGUGUGAGGGCGGCUUUGCGGAGGUGGUUGACGUGCUGCUGGGCGCGGGGGCGGACCCAGGAGUGAAGGGGCAGAACGGCAAGACGCCGCUGCAGUACGCCACCACAGAGGUGUCCUUCCACGCCGCCUCACUGGGCCGAGUGGGCCAGUACCGCAAGGUGGUGGCACUGCUCACUCCCGCACUGGAGGCCCAGAGGGCUCUGCAGCGCGACCAGCAGGCGCAGGAGCAGCGGGAGGAGGCGGCGGGUGAGAAGGAGGAGGAGGAGGAAGACGGCGAGGCAAGGGAGGUGGCCACAACCGCGGCCCCCACGGCCGCAGCCAUGGAGGCACGUGUGGUUGGGGUCGGGUCCCGGGAACGGGGCACGGCCGGCGGCGCCACACAGGGCGCCACGGACGGCUCCUCCGAGUCUUUGGGCCACGCGGCCUCUGCGGCGCCGCACACAGCUGCCGCCGGCGCCGUCAGCCGCCCCGCAGCCGGCACAUCCCCACUGGCGCCCGAUGGAGCUGCAGCCGCAGCUGCAGCCGCCGACACCAACACCAACGGCGGGGCCAUCUCGGCCCACUCCUCGCUGGCAGCUAUGGCGGGGCUGGUCCCUGCCUCUGGGCCACAGACCGGCAGCAGCCGGGCGCUGGGGCACACCGGCCCACGCGGCUCCCUGGGCGGCAGCAGCACCGGCGCCGGGCCCGCCGCACCUGCCCCCGCGCCCUCCGCGCCACCGGCCCUGGCGCCCUCACCGGUCUUCCCCGAUGCGCUGGCUCGUGCCGGCUCCUUUGUGCCCUCAGGCCGGCGCAGUGCGGCUGAGGUGGAGGCGGCGGUGGCGAGGCGGCUGGCGGAGGAGCUGCGUGAGCUCAAGGAGCUGAGGGCGGCUAAGGCGGAGAGGGAGGAGCAGGAGCGGAGGGAGCGGGAGGCGCAGGCGGUGGCGAUGCAGGGGCAGGAGCAGGAGCAGGAGGGGUACGAGGAGGAGGAGGGCUAUGAGCAGGAGGUGGAGGAGCGGGAGGAAGGAGGGGGAGGCGAAGGCGAGGGCGAGGGCGAGGGCGCUGCCGAGGGCGAUUUCUUCUUUGAGGAGGGCGAGACAGUGGACUAUGAGGCCGAGUAUGGGGAGUACGGGCAGGAGGACGAGGGAGCGGGCGGGGCGGCGGCCGCAGCGGGGAUGUAAACACUGGAUCAUGGAGGAAUGCGGGUAGAGAUCAAAACCAGCAUUGCAGUCUGCAAGGAAAUAGCGUGGUAGGAUUUGGAAGUCACGCGCACGUGGCCGAGGUCAAUGCAGGGUACAAGUAGGUGGCGUUAAGUGGGACCAGGCUGGGGCAGGCGAGGAGGCGCUGGGCUGUGGCAUGCGGGUGUGGCGCCGUGCCGCCCUUGUGGCUGCAUGCGCUUCCAAGAUGCUGAGCGCGCAGCAUGUGUGUCCACUCAUAGGAUAUCGACGAUGCUCUAAUGAUAAUAAUGCGAAGCUUUGUUGCAUGGGGUAUGUGUUGGCAGUUAGGGAGCGGAGCAGCUGUAGGCAGGAGGCAGCGUGUGAUGUUGGACGUGUUGAACGGGAGCCGGUGUGAUAUCAAUCUAGUUGAUCGGCGGCAGGCGCAUCAUCGUGGGUGCUUUGCAACGGGGUCUGCUGGUGCGAGGGGGAGUGACGGAGUGACGCGGGAGUCGAUCACAGCCGCGGAUUACACCUGGGACCCUCAAAGGGCUUGCGCAUUCUCAGACCGCUUGCCAGGGCCAACAGAUGCAAAUGUAAUGUUCCGUAUCA